AUGGAAACACAUACUGGUCCCAGUUCUGAGGAAAACCAGCAGUCGAAAAUCCAGUCAAACAACAAUUAUUUUCAACCAAGUAAACACUUAUCUGCAGAAGCUCUGAUGACAAUAAAUGCAUUUGGAAAAAACUCAGUCAGUGGAAAUUCAAUGGUUUGCCGAUAUUGGGAUGGACACCAUUGGAGUGAUGAGUGCAGAGAGUUCAGUACUAUAAAAGACAGAAAGCAGAAAAUCAAAGGUAGUUGUUAUACAUGCUUGAAACCAGGACAUGUUAGUAGAGACUGUAAAUUUGAAAAAACAUGCUAUCAUUGCAAAGAGAAAAAGGGAUACCAUAGAAGUUUAUGCCCAAAGAAAAUUCCCUCUCAACAGAAAGAAGUUUCACAUCUAGCUGAUGAAAUUUGUGAGAUAGCUUCAAGUGAAGAGAAUGUACCAGAGAAUAGCUUGUUGUCUUCCGGAGAUAUAGUUUUGAUGCAGACAGCUCAAACAACUGUGUCAAAUAUAGAAGUUAAUGAAACAGAAGUAGUAAGACUAUUAAUGGACUCCGGAUCUCAGCGAACAUAUAUAACAGAAAAUUUGGCCAAGAGACUAUACUUGAAGAAGAAGACUACAGAGGAGAUAACUCUUGUAACAUUUGGUGCAGAUAAGCCAAAAACAUUAAGAACACAAAAGGUGUCAUUAAAGAUCAGACUAAAAGAUGGAGUUUGUAUGCUUAUUGAUGCUAAUGUUGUUCCUAAGAUAACAGGAUCAAUACCAAGAAGACCUUUACAAAUGGAUGUAUGUGAAAAUGUGAAAUAUUUAUGUAACAAUCUGCAACUUGCUGACACACUGCCCACUUGCUUAGAAAGUUCAACAAUAGAGAUUCUUAUCGGAAAUGAGUAUUAUUUGGAUAUCAUAUCGUCACAGAAGAUAGAAAUUCAACAAGGGCUGUAUCUACUUGGCUCUAAGCUAGGAUGGAUCCUUACAGGAAGGUCACAAUUAAGUGAUGAAGAAAGAGAGAACAAACUGACGAUGACUGUAAAUAGUUUAUUAUCUAUAAGAGAAUGCUGUCUCCACUCUACAAUUGACACAUGCCUGCAAAUCGAGCCUUUAAUAGAAGAUUCCAUGAACUUGGAAAAUAUUGGAUCAAAAGAAUUUCAAUAUCCAUCAGACGAUGAAAACACUUUUAGUAACUUUGUCAUCUCACUCAAAAUGGAAAAUGGAAAAAUUCUGUGCAACCCUCCAGCAAAGAUUGGUGUAGUGAUAAUAAAGGACAACCUUGCACAUAAGUUGAAAAAUUGGCCGUAA